AGAGGGAGGGAGGGUAUGAGUCCACGAAGACCACGUGAGGUCGUCCGCUCCGCAUUCUAUCUCACAGUGGAGGUGACUAUUCUAUUCAAAAAAGUUUGUAAAAGAAAACAAAAUAAAAGAAACUUUUCCAAAAGCCAAUUGGAAUUUAUUUUCAGGUCCGUCAUCUCGUUCCUCUCUCUCUCUCUCUCUCUCUCUCUCUCUCCAGAGAACGGGAAUCAACGGAAGUAGAAGAACAGCGUCCGAGACCCUCAACCUACUCCGCCGUGCCGCCUCCGCAUGAUCGGUAAUAUUCCAAGGGCUCAACCCGAGAUUGUUCCUUCUUCAACUCGCCCUGAAUGGGCCAAUCAGCUUCGUCGGCUGCGAUUCUUAGCCGCCGCGAUAGCAAUCACAGUCAUCGAUCUAAGAUCAAAUCAACGGCCUUGAUCUCCCCUAUGCACCUCGAUGAAACCGAUGAAUUUCAGGAAAUCAUUCAUGGAGCCUCCGACUUUAUUUCGGAUCUUCCAGAUGAGUGCUUGGCUUGCAUUUUCCAAUCCCUCAGCUCCGUCGACCGGAAGGGCUGCUCUCUCGUAUGCCGGCGUUGGCUCAAAGUUGAGGGGCAAAGUCGUCACCGUCUCUCCCUUAAAGCAGAAGCGGAUCUUUCCCCCAUGAUACCGUCCCUAUUUACUCGAUUCGAUGCCGUUACCAAGCUUGCUUUGAAGUGUGACCGUAGAUCUACAAGUGUCGGAGACGACGCGCUUAUUCUCAUCUCCCUUCGGUGCCGUAACUUGACUCGUCUCAAGCUUCGUGCGUGCCGUGAAUUGACCGAUGUCGGUAUGGCUGCUUUUGCCAAGAACUGCAAGGGUUUGAAAAAACUAUCGUGCGGAUCUUGCACAUUUGGAGCCAAGGGAAUGAACGCAAUUCUUGAUAAUUGUUCAGCCCUCGAAGAAUUAUCAGUGAAGCGACUUCGUGGUAUUACUGACUCGGCUGCUGAGCCGAUUGGGCCUGGCGUUGCUGGGUCGUCUCUCAAAACUAUUUGCUUAAAAGAUCUUUACAAUGCACAGUCUUUUGGACCGCUUGUAGUCGGGGCGAAAAUUCUGAGGACUUUGAAACUCUUCCGUUGCUCAGGUGAUUGGGAUGCGUUACUCAGAGUUAUAGCAGACCGAGUGACAAGUCUUGUUGAAGUCCAUCUCGAGAGGCUUCAGGUAAGUGAUGUAGGUCUCUCUGCCAUCUCGAAUUGCUUGGAUCUGGAAAUUCUGCACCUCGUUAAAACCCCCGAGUGUACCAAUCUGGGCAUUGUAGCUGUAGCAGAACGGUGCAAGCUCUUGAGGAAGCUGCACAUUGAUGGAUGGAAGGCUAAUAGGAUCGGCGAUGAGGGUUUAGUAGCAGUUGCCAAAAAUUGCUCUAACCUCCAGGAACUGGUUCUCAUCGGAGUAAAUCCCACGAAGGUAAGCCUGGAAAUGUUGGCAUCGAAUUGCCGAAAUUUAGAGCGGUUGGCAUUGUGCGGAAGCGACACGGUUGGUGAUAACGAAAUCUCAUGCAUUGCCGCAAAAUGCAUUGCACUGAAAAAACUUUGCAUUAAGAGUUGUCCUGUUUCGGAUCAAGGUAUGGAAGCGCUUGCUGAAGGGUGCCCAAAUUUGGUGAAAGUGAAGGUUAAGAAAUGUCGAGGUGUAACUCCUGAAGGUGCAGAUUCGUUGAGGUUAAGUAGGGGAUCGCUUGCAGUGAAUUUAGACAGUGGUGAACCUGAACAUCCGGAUAUAAGUGCAAGUGAUGGCGGGAUUCAGGAUAAUGUUGUUGAUUUUCCCCCAAUUCCAAGUCAAGUUCCGCCUCCCAUGAUUGCAUCAAGUAGUACUGGGCGAUCUUCGUUUCUAAAGACAAGGUUAGGCCUUUUGGCGGGGAGGGGUUUAGUUGCUUGUACACGGAGAAGGUGGUCAGGUGGUAAUAGCAGUUCUGGUAUUAAUAAUUAGACAUCAGGAACGAAGCAAGUUUCAAAACGUAAAUGCUUCUGGUCUUGUUCUUUUGCAUUGUUUUUCUGGUUGUGUUGCCUUGAUUCCGUGUUUAGUGUAUUUAAUUUAAUGCUGUGUGCUCUGCUUAUUGCUCGUCUUGGAAUCAAAUAUUCAUGCUCCUCGCCUUCUUCUUAUAA